AUGGGAAACAGCAUAACAUUAAAGAGAAAGAAAGCGAAAGUGAUGAAGAUCGACGGAGAGAUUCUCCGGAUUAAAACUCCGGUGACAUGCCGAGAAGUCACGGCGGAAUAUCCCGGCUACGUCCUGUUAGACUCCGAAGCCGUGAAACACUUCGGCGUUCGCGCUAAACCGCUUGAGCAGAGCCAGAUCUUGAAACCGAAGAAGACGUAUUUUCUCGUCGAGCUUCCCAAGCUUCCGCCGGAGAAGACAACGUCGGAUAAAGAUAAUAAGCUUCCGUACCGGCGAGUGAUGUCCGGAAUCCACGUCGGCGCGAAGGAGCGGUUGGAAAUGCUGAUGCUUUCUCGGAGAACGGUUUCUGACGUCACGGUUGUCAGAUCUGACGGCGGAGAUGGGCCUGGGCUUGGACUUGGGCCUGGACAUACGAGCGUGAGGCUGAGGUUGCCUCGAUCUCAGAUUAAUAAGCUUAUGGAGGAGAGCCACGACGGUUCCGAGAUCGCCGAGAAGAUUUUAAGUUUAUAUAGAGAGAGCUCCGGCGAGAUUGGCGGCGGUCAUAGCCGCCGGAAUCUUGGAACCGGGGAGAAUAAGGCGCGUGAGAAGCAGGUGAGUUUCGCCGGAGAAGGUGGACGGGAGCUUCCUGUUCUAUGGAGCAGAAAGGAAAGAUAA